CCGCCUCACCGAUUUAUCGUUUUUCAUCAUCAUGUCUGUUCGUCCGUUUUGUGACAUCCGCCAUCUUUUAAAAUGCACAGUCACGGUCGAGUGAGCCAAGAAUGAACUCGAGCGAUGUGAAAGUUUCAGUGUCCGUCAUGGAAGAAGAGGAGUCCCACGGGUUACAGAAUGUAUUUCGUCAUAAAACCCCCACCCCCUUCCAGCCCUUGGUUGUGUUGGAGUUUGCUACGGGAGCUAAACAACCAGCCAUAGAGUGGAUGAUAUCUAAGCUACAGAUGCCUGAGGCAGCGGGUGGGGCUGACCUGGAGGUCAGUGCCAUGGUGAUGACCUACAAACAAGUAAGUCAAAAGCAAACUAUGCUGUAUGUUGGAGCGAAGGCGAGCCGCUUACUGACAGCUGCCGACAUGACGGGUCUUUGUAAGAUGUACAAAGAUGGCCGUCAUCGGGAAUUCUCCAUUGAAGACAUGGACAAUUUCAAGGGGAUUGAGGACCCUGAGAGUUUCUUAACGACUGCAGAAAAACAGAAGUUGAUUCUCCAUGAGAUUGAGGCGGUACGUGCUGGUGAGGAGGAAGAUCAUAUCCCCGGAUAUGAUAAAAUCAAACUGUGGACAGGAAAAAGCAUCUUGAAGAAGUACCUAAGUCGUGACAUCAUCACCAAGAUGUACCCACUACAUGAACCUGAGGAACUGAAAAAACUAGGGGCAGACUGGUAUCAAUUAAGUCGUGUGUUCAAGGAACAGCCAAUAGAUGAUAUACGACACUACUUUGGAGAGAAGAUAGGACUGUAUUUUGCUUUCCUGGGUUACUACACCAUCGCUCUGAUUCCUCCAGCAUUUAUCGGAAUCAUCUACUUUAUCACGUCCUGGCAGAGCAUGUACAGGGAAGCCAUUUUUGCCGUAUUUAAUCUUAUCUGGGCCACCAUUUUUCUGGAAGUCUGGAAGCGGUAUUGCUCUGAACUGUCGUACCGCUGGGGCACAAUUGACAUGGUGUCCUCUACAUAUGAUGAACCCCGCGCAAAUUACUAUGGAACGCUCGGUGAAAACCCUGUGACGGGUAAACCCGAACCUGUUUAUCCUAAAUGGAAGCGUAAUGUCCGAUUUUACUGCGUUACAGUUCCUGUUGUCUCGUUGGCCCUGGCAAUCGCAUUCUACCUCAUGUUGGUGUAUUUCGCCAUGGAGGAUUGGGCAGUGAAGAAGUAUUCGUCAGAGAAAUCAUGGUUAAACUUCUUGGUGUUGCACCUCCCCACAGCUAUCUAUGCAAUAGUGAUUGCCAUUGUGAAUGCAAUUUACAGGAAGUUGGCAAAGAAACUCAAUGAUUGGGAAAAUCAUCGAUUACAGUCAGCAUAUGAUAACCAUUUAAUUGUCAAACUUAUUCUGUUUGACUUUGUGAACUGCUUUAUUUCCCUGUUUUACGUGGCCUUCUACCUCCAAGACAUGGUCUUGUUACGAAGUCACUUGGCCGGCUUACUCAUCACUCAACAGCUGAUUGGUCAGAUUCAAGAGGCCAUGGUGCCGUUUGUCUUCCUGAAGCGACGGAAAAAACAGGUGGAUAAAAUGAUGAAGAAACAGGACACUCUGCAGAAGGUGGAAUACUUCAAUGGUGAAGUCGACGAGGAGGUUCAGAAACAGGCAGGGAUCGAGAGUGAAAUGGAGGAGUACUUGGGUACAAUGGAUGAUUAUUUAGAGAUGUUUCUACAGUUUGGUUACGUGUUUCUCUUCUCCUCGGCCUUCCCUCUGGCCGCUUUGUGGGCAUUUCUAAACAACAUCACAGAAAUUCGCUCGGAUGCGUUCAAGAUGGUCAAAGUCUUUCAAAGACCCUUUGCAGAGUCUGCCUCUAGUAUUGGAGCCUGGCAGGUUGCCUUUGAGUUAAUCAGCAUUAUGGCAGUUAUGACAAACUGUGCUUUGAUCGGGAUGAACCCAGAGGUCAAAAAACUCUUGCCAACCGACAUAACGCCAGUCAACCUAGUCCUCAUAUUUGUUGCGGUGGAGCACAUUAUUCUGGCUAUUAAGGUUGCUGUAGCCGUCCUAAUACCAGACCAGCCAAAAUGGGUGGAGAUUGAACUUGCCAAAACAGCGUAUCAGUCCAAGCUAGCACUCCAAGAAAAGCACCUGAACAAAACUUUAGCAGACAAGGAAAAGAUUGAUGCUGUUCUAAAAGGAAAGAAACAAAGUUAAUUUAAUAAUCCUAAAAUGAAUGAAUUUCAAGAAAAGACAACUCUAGAAAUCACAGUGAACUGGCAUUCUUUAUGAUACCUGCUGUUAUAACUUUUACAAUGUCAUUUCUGAAGAAUUGUCAGGUAUUUGCAAUUUAUGAAGCUGAUAACAUUCUCUUUCUGUUGAUGUACUGUUUUAUGUAAUCACUUCUGCUUUUACAAUCUCAUUUCUCCAGAUUUGUUAAAAACUUAUAAUUGGGAUAAUCCAAUGGCAGCUCAAACAUAUCUAGAUUGUCCAUCUCUGUCAACAGGGUAAACUGGUCAUAUCUAGUCUAGUAAUAAUUACAGUAAAACUCUUAGUAGAUAUAGCGAAGUUUUUCGGGGUCCCGGGCAAAAUUCUUAAUAAUUCUUUGUAAAAUUUUACGGUUAUAACGAACUCUGAUAUAAC